GCUGAUUGAUACAUAUACCUUCAAGUGCCAGUGGGACCAAUUAUACAUGCAGGAUGUGAGCAUCUCAACUGAACAAUCUGAUUAACAAACUCCAACAUCAUUAGUCAUAUUGUGCUGUGAAUUGUCGUGCUGACUCCAUUUUCAAUUUUCCGAAGAUUACAAUCAGCUAAGAUGCUUCCCGACCCACAUACCAAGUACACAGGAUUCCAGCAAAUCCACAAUCCAAACCGAAAAUGGCCCAACCGGGUUUUGACGAAGCCUCCGGUCUGGCUUUCAACUGAUUUGCGUGAUGGCAACCAAUCUCUCAUCAAUCCUUUGACCAUUGAGCAAAAGUGGGAAUAUUUCCAGAUGCUCGUUGAAAUCGGUUACACCGAGAUCGAAGUCUGUUUUCCGGCCGCAUCCCAAGUCGAGUUCGAUUUUACGAGACGUCUGAUUGAGACACCCAACAUCGUCCCUGACACUGUACGUCUGCGGGGGCUUUCUCCUACGCGAGAAGAUUUCUUGGCUCGCACCGUCGCCGCUCUUCGUGGCGCCAAAAGAGCGUCCGUUUGCACUUAUAUCUGCGUCAGUGACAAGCAGCUCAAAUAUCAGGGCUUUACGCGAGAGAGAGCACUCGAGCAGGCCGUUAGAUCUGUUCGGUUCCUGCGAUCUAUUACCAAAGAUGACCCGGAAUCGGCGGCUGUAACGGACUGGACCAUGGCCUUUGGCCUCGAGUCCUACAACGAAGCCGACCAUGACUACGCUGUGCAGAUCACUGAGGCUGUCAGAGAGGCCUGGGAGCCCACCGUGGAGGACCCUCUGGUCGUGGUUUUGGCGACUAGCACCGAGGUUGCUACUCCCAACGUGUUUGCAGACCAAGUCGAGACCUUCCGAGCGUCUCUAUCUGACCCCGAAAAGAUAUCCAUCUCAAUUCACACCCACAAUGACCGUGGAUGUGGUGUUGCUGCAGCUGAGCUGGGCAUGCUUGCAGGCGCUGACAUGGUCGAGGGAUGUCUGUUCGGCAACGGAGAGCGCGCUGGCAAUGUUGAUCUCGUCACGCUGGCCCUCAACUUGUACUCGCGCGGCAUCCACCCCGGUCUCGACUUUUCAAAGCUGUACGACAUCAAGAGAAAGUAUGAGAAGCUCACUGGUUUAAUCGUGUCUCAGCGUAUGCCUUAUACUGGCGAAUUUGCGCUUCAGGCAUUCAGUGGCAGCCAUCAGAAUAUUAUUCGAAAGGGCAUUGCGCAACGAGUCGAGGCCGCCGAGAAGGGAAUUAGACCUAUUUGGGACAUUCCAUACCUCCCUCUCGAUCCUGAAGACUUGGGCAUUCCUCUGGACACAAUCAUUCGAGUUAACUCACAAAGUGGCAAGGCUGCUGCAACUUGGAUUCUCAACAGACGUUGGGGCCUUGACAUGCCUGUCGAGCUUCAGAUCAACUUUGGAGGCCGAGUCCAGAUGAUGUGCGAGGCCCUUGCGCGAGAGAUCUCCCACCAGGAGGUUAUCAACCUCUUCAUUGCCAGCUACGCACUUACCCCAAGUGAGAAGCACGAUAGUGCCUCCAACAUCGGCAACAUCUCCGUCACUAGCGAUGGCACUCUGCAAACUGUUGUCGGAAUGAUCAAUCCUGUCGACAGCUUCGCCAUUCGUAUCGAUGGAACUGGACCCGACAUCGCCUCCGCUGUUGUCAAGGGCUUGCACUUCAUGAAGGACGUCAACGCGGUGGCCAAAAUUCAUCACACCCAGCAGCUGUCUGAGCGGUUCAAUGGGAAGUACUGCGUCCUGGCUACCUGCGUGGAGGGGAUAAGACCACAUGGGGAUACUUUAUCGAUGAAAACGAGGAGAAUGCCCAGGCAAUGGCGGUUGUUUCGGCGUCAUUGCACAUGUACCGUCGCAAAUUGUCAACCUUGCCGCUCAAGAAGCAAAAUACUAUGGCCAAAAUCGCGGCCGCAAGUGCAACUCAGACAGCGGCAACAGCUUAAGCGCUGCGAAAGGGUUGAUGAUGAGGAAGUUUCACUCCUGCAUGGAUGUCUCGGUAAACAAAGUGCUUGCCUGUAAAUAAAGUUGAAUGUCAUAAAGUCAUGACUAGAAAAAUGAUCUAGUAAGCUUGGAAGCGUGCACAUUUGAUGAUUCUGGCAACAGCUCGGGAUCAGAUGGGGAAUUAAGGUACUAGAUUGAUCGAAAACUCUCGCGUAUGAUCACCUUGAAAGAAUUCAUAGUCGUCAAUUCAUGAGACAUGUUACAAAUGCUUCCGCAAUGGACGAUUUUGGGCAAUAAACCUCGUCGGAUAACUCUGGCAGACAAUUGAGAGAGAUGAUACGAAUUUAAC